UUGACAUUUCACAUGACAGAAAGUGAAAAUUUUUCAAAACAAAAUAUAUUUUUCAUUACAACAAAUUUUACAAGAAAAAAUCAAAACAAUGGAAAGCGCUCCUUUGAAUUUGGCUCACUUCCAUGAGAGACGAGCGGACAAGUUUCUCAAACGAAAUCGUUUCGAUGAAGGCAUCAAAGCAAUGGAGACUGCCAUGGCUUACAUUGAAGAUGCCUACAAAAUAAUCACAAUUCCCAAGGCCAUAGAAGUCCUCAACGCAGAGAAGUGGCAUUUUUCACGGAAACUUAAACAGAUCAACAUUCGUCAGUCACAGUACGAGGGUUCGAGAGUUCCUUCAGCAGCAGCCCAACCAAUUGAGCCACCACAGCAAGAGCAAGCAAAUGACUUGGACAAACCCAGCGAUGUGUGCAUCCAUCAGGCCAUCGAGAACUUCGAUGCAAAGUACACCUCGUCUACUCUAGAAAGUUUGUAUGGUACAAAGCAGGAGGGAGCGAGUGAGAGUAACAACUCAAAUUCAACCUCAACCAACGAAGACUCCAAUAAUUGGAUGAUUGAGUUAGAAUGCAAAGACUUCCCCUGCCUUGCUCCACUAGAACUGCCAGCAUUCGAUCUUGGAUUUGAUACAAAUCCAGAAUUGGAAGAACAAAAUAAAUAAAUAGUUUUUUAAAAU